CUCCAGCCGUAGGAAUUAUGAUACCUACAGACAGAUUUCACGAUGCAUGACAGAAAGGGGCCAUGACCGAGACACAUUGCAGUUCAGAAUCAAAGAGAAGGACCUGCAGAAUGCACACAACAAAGUGUAGGAUGCAAACCACUGCUCCGGUUCUACAAAGAGCUGGACACAAUACUCAGCGGCAACUCCAUCUCCACUGUGAAGACCACUGUAGAUACUUCAGUGGCUUGCAUGCCAGUCGAAAGUGAAUGGAGCCAAGAGGAGGAAAUCUUGGAUGAGGAGGGGGACCCAGAGGAAGAGGAUGACUCUGAGGUCAGAGAUGCAUGCAGCCAGGAGUUCUUUUCUGCCCCAGAAGAGGCUAGCCAGUCUCAGCUAUCGGAUGUUGGUGAAGUGCAAGCAGGAGAGGAGGCCCCUGAGAUGACCUUGAGAACCCAGCCUCCCUCUUUGUUAUUGGCAGCAGAAUGGCUGUGCAGAAUUAGAAGGCAGCCCAGAAGAGCUAAGGAGGACUUUCUGCGUGAUGUUAUGGUGCACUCCGCCACCAAGAAACAGGAAUUGAAGGAGCGGCAGGACAGCGAGAAGAGGGACGGAAAGGAGAUCACGGCACGCCGGAAUGAAGGCACGGAGUGGCUCUUAAAAGUUAUGGAGCACCAAGCAGACACACUCCAGGCGAUACUAGCUCUACAAACCAAGCAGCUUCGCACCCGCCCUCCCCCACAGCCGCUGUCACAAAACUCUUUCCCAUGCUCCCCCCAGACACCACCAACACACUCUUAUCAACUUCCUGACUCCAGUCUAUACCCAGCAUUCCACUUCUCCCCCCUCACAAUUCAGCACUGCUGACUCCCACUGCACUCUCACCCAUCUCUCUGCAGUUUGGCCCUGCUGAAGUACAGUACCCACUGCACUGUACUCCAAAGGAGGUUGGAUAUGAUCCCUGGACA